GCAGUUUUAAAAAGUGCCACAAACAAUGCUUCGUGUAAUUGUGGAAUCAGCUGCAAAUAUACCUAAACAUAAGUUUGGGAAACCAGACCCUAUUGUGUCGAUUAUUUUUAAAGAUGAAAAAAAGAAAACAAAGAAAAUUGAUAGUGAACUCAACCCUGUUUGGAAUGAGAUUCUUGAAUUUGAUUUGAAAGGAAUACCUCUGGAUAUUUCUUCAUCUCUGCAGAUUAUUGUGAAAGACUUUGAAACUAUAGGGCAAAACAAGUUAAUUGGCACAGCAUCAGUUGCACUCAAGGAACUGGUAGGCACCCAGAGUAGAUCACUUCCAUACAAGCUUGUUCCCCUGCUAAAUGAAAAAGGACUGGACUCUGGAGCAACUAUUGACUUGGUGGUAGGAUAUGAACCACCCGCUGGACCACCAAAUCCAAAUGACCCAGGCGGAACAAAUGCACAAGGCACUGAAGAUGGAGAAGAAGACAGAGGUGAUGAGGAUGUACCUGAUAACGGAACCGGUGUUCUCCCCCAAAGUGGUCCAAGUGGCACCCGUGAAGCUCAGUUUGCUCAUCGUAUUACCAAAGGAAAGAAAAGUCGGAGAGUGCUGUCGAACAAACCUCAAGACUUCCAGAUUCGUGUUAGGGUCAUUGAAGGCCGUCAGUUAUAUGGGAAUAACAUAAAGCCAGUUGUAAAAGUACAUGUUUGUGGUCAGACACACAGAACAAGAAUCAAAAGAGGAAACAAUCCCUAUUUUGAUGAGAUAUUUUUCUACAAUGUCCACAUGACCCCUUCAGAGCUCUUUGAUGAAACCAUAAGCAUUCGGGUGUACGACUCCUAUUCUUUACGUGCUGACAGUCUAAUGGGGGAAUUUAAGAUUGACAUUGGUUAUGUCUACGAUGAACCUGGACACACAGUCAUGAGAAAAUGGCUCCUUCUAAAUGAUCCCGAAGAUUCGAAUUCAGGUGCCAAAGGGUACUUGAAAGUCAGCAUGUUUGUUCUCGGAACAGGAGAUGAGCCACCAGUGGAAAAUAGAGAACGGGAAAAUGAAAAUGAUGACGUAGAGAGUAAUCUUUUGCUACCAGCUGGGAUAGUACUCCGAUGGGUCACUUUUAUUCUUAAGAUCUACAGAGCUGAAGAUAUUCCUCAGAUGGAUGAUGCUUUUGCACAGACUGUAAAGGAAAUAUUUGGAGGAGAAGCAGACAAAAAAAACCUUGUGGAUCCAUUUGUGGAAGUUUGUUUUGCUGGGAAAAAGGUUUGCACAAAUAUAAUUGAAAAAAAUGCUAACCCAGAGUGGAAUCAACUUGUUAAUCUCCAGAUCAAGUUCCCUUCAAUGUGUGAAAAAAUUAGACUGAUGGUGUAUGAUUGGGAUCGCCUUACAAGGAACGAUGUUGUGGGCACCACAUACUUAAGUCUCUCCAAAAUUGCUGCUUCUGGGGGAGAAGUUGAAGAGCUUUCAUCUUCGGGAGCUGGGGCUUCAUCAUAUGAAGUAAAUACCGGAGAGACUGAAGUGGGUUUCUUACCAACAUUUGGGCCUUGUUACCUGAACCUUUACGGAAGUCCAAGAGAAUACACUGGAUUCCCAGAUCCAUAUGAUGAGCUAAAUUCUGGAAAGGGAGAAGGAGUAGCUUAUAGAGGCAGAAUCCUAGUUGAACUAUCUACACUACUUGACAGUAAACCCCUCAGUAAGAAGAUUGAGAUGAUACCCAGUGAUGACAUACUCGUUGUGGAAAAGUAUCAGCGCAGAAGACAGUACAGCCUCAGUGCUGUGUUUCAUUCUGCUACCAUGUUGCAAGAUAUCGGCGAGGCUAUCCAGUUUGAAGUUAGCAUUGGGAAUUAUGGCAAUAAAUUUGAUACCACCUGUAAACCGCUGGCAUCAACUACUCAGUACAGCCGUGCUGUAUUUGAUGGAAACUACUAUUACUAUCUGCCAUGGGCAAACACAAAGCCAGUAGUGACCCUGACUUCAUAUUGGGAAGACAUCAAUCACAGAUUGGAUCCUUUAAACCUUAUUCUUGGCAUGAUGGAAAAACUGCAAACAAACAUAGCAACUUUAAAAUCAGGAAUACAGGGGAAGCUGUCAGACAACCAGCUGGCUGAGAUAUGGCUGAAGUUAAUUGAUGAACUUUUGAAGGACUUAAGUAAGGAAUUCCCUUCCCUAGAGAACAAGCAUAACGUGACAGUCCUUGAUACACAGAUCCGCAAACUGCGGCUCAAAUCGCUCGGCCAGAUUCAGGAGGCAGCUGUAAAGAUGAGGAACGAAGCCACGGAUGUGAAGGCCACCCUGACUGAACUUGAAGACUGGCUGGAUAGAUUAACACUACUAUCUGAAGAGCCUCAAAACAGCAUGCCUGAUGUGAUCAUCUGGAUGAUCCGGGGAGAAAAGAGGCUCGCUUAUGCACGCAUUCCUGCUCAUGAGGUUUUAUAUUCCACGACAUGCGAUGGAGGAUCUGGAAAAUAUUGCGGAAAGACCCAGACCAUCUUUUUAAAGUACCCACAGGACAGAAACAAUGGCAUCAAAAUACCCGUACAGUUGCGAGUUAACUUUUGGCUUGGCUUGAGUGCAGUUGAAAGGAAGUUCAAUAGUUUUGCAGAAGGAACAUUCAGUGUCUUUGCUGAAAUGUAUGAAAAUCAGGCACUCAUGUUUGGAAAGUGGGGAACUUCAGGACUCGUUGGCCGCCACAAGUUUUCUGAUGUCACAGGAAAAAUAAAACUGAAAAGAGAGUACUUUUUGCCUCCCAAAGGGUGGGAGUGGGAAGACGAGUGGUUCGUAGAUCCUGAAAGGAGCUUGCUGACAGAAGCAGAUGCUGGUCAUUCUGAAUUUACUGAUGAAGUAUAUCAAAAUGAGAGCCGCUAUCCUGGAGGAGAAUGGAAAGCAGCUGAAGACAGUUAUACAGAUGUGAAUGGAGAAAAAGCACCUCCACCAGGUGAAAUAUCCUGUCCUCCAGGUUGGAUGUGGGAUGAUGAUGCCUGGGUAUAUGACAUCAAUCGAGCCGUGGAUGAAAAAGGUUGGGAAUAUGGGAUUACCAUUCCUCCUGACAAUAAGCCAAAGUCCUGGGUUGCAGCAGAGAAAAUGUAUCAUACUCAUAGAAGAAGAAGGCUGGUUCGAAAACGCAGAAAAGAUCCAAACCAAACAACGACACCAAGGGGAACCACUUCCUAUGAGGAUCAAGAAGGAUGGGAAUUUGCAUCUUUGAUUGGAUGGAAGUUUCACUGGAAGCAGCGCAGUUCUGAUACUUUCCGACGCAGACGCUGGAGGAGGAAAAUGGCUCCUUCAGACACAUAUGGUGCAGCAGCCAUCUUUAAGCUUGAAGGAGCUCUUGGAGCAGAUACAAGUACUGAUGAUGGAGACAAGAGUUCUGAGAAGACCAAAGAUACAGCAACACGGGUAUUUGGGGCAAACACUCCAAUAGUCUCCUGCAACUUUGACAGAGUCUACAGUUACCACCUUCGGUGUUAUGUCUAUCAAGCAAGAAAUCUUAUGGCUUUGGACAAAGACAGCUUUUCAGAUCCAUAUGCUCAUGUUUCCUUCCUCCAUCGAAGCAAAACAACUGAGAUCAUCCACUCAACACUCAACCCAACAUGGGAUCAAACCGUCAUAUUUGAUGAAAUUGAAAUCUACGGAGAUCCCCAAAUGGUAGCACAAAACCCUCCUGAGGUGGUGGUUGAACUCUUUGACAGUGACCAAGUGGGCAAAGAUGAGUUUCUUGGAAGAACCACUUGCACUCCUAUGGUGAAACUGAACCCAGAUAUUGACAUCACUCCUAAGCUUCUCUGGUAUCCUGUUCUGAAUGGGGGCAAGGCUUGUGGUGAUGUCCUCUUAGCAGCCGAGCUCAUACUGCGUGAAAAGGGUGGCACCAACCUUCCAAUUCUUCCUUCACAAAGAGCCCCAAACCUCUAUAUGGUACCACAAGGAAUCAGACCUGUGGUUCAACUGACUGCUGUUGAGAUCCUUGCCUGGGGAUUACGCAACAUGAAGAACUACCAAAUGGCGUCUGUUACUUCCCCUAGUCUCAUUAUAGAGUGUGGAGGUGAAAUGGUGGAAUCUGUAGUGAUCAAAAAUCUAAAGAAGACACCAAAUUUUCCUGGAUCUGUUCUCUUCAUGAAAGUGCUGUUGCCCAAGGAGGAAUUGUACACUCCAUCCCUGGUUCUUAAAGUGAUAGACCACAGGCAAUUUGGCCGUAAACCUAUCGUGGGACAAUGUACCAUUGAUUUACUGGAGCAUUUUCGCUGUGAUCCGUAUACUACUACAGAAGACAUUGCACCCCAGAUGAAAGUGAGUCUUCUAGCAGCUGCACCUCGGCGAGAUGUGGUAAUUGAAGUGGAAGACACACAACCCUUACUAACAGCGCAGCUCACAGAAAAGGAAGAAGAAAUUGUGGAUUGGUGGAGCAAGUUUUAUGCUUCAAUAGGAGAUACUGAAAAAUGUGGGCAAUACAUUCAAAAAGGAUAUGAUACCCUAAAGGUUUACAACUGUGAACUGGAAAAUGUACCCGAUUUUAGGGGUUUAAGAGAUUUCUGUGAAACUUUCAAGCUGCAACGGGGAAAAUCUGAAGAAAAUGAUGACCCUACUGUUGUAGGGGAAUUUAAGGGCUCCUUUAGGAUCUACUCAUUACCAGACGAUCCUACCGUACCUCCUCCUCCGCGGCAGUUCCGUGAGUUACCAGACAGUGUGCCUCAAGAGUGUAUUAUACGGAUUUAUAUUGCCCGAGGCUUAGAACUCCAACCUCAGGAUAACAAUGGACUGUGUGACCCUUAUAUUAAAAUCACUGUAGGCAAAAAAGUCAUUGAAGACAGAGACCAUUAUGUUCCUAACACACUCAAUCCAAUUUUUGGCAGAAUGUAUGAACUGAGUUGCUACUUACCUCAAGAGAAGGAUCUGAAAAUUUCUGUCUAUGACUAUGAUAUGCUGACUCGAGAUGAAAAAGUUGGAGAAACCAUCAUUGAUCUGGAAAAUAGAUUCCUCUCCCGCUUUGGAUCUCACUGUGGAAUACCACAGCAAUACUGCGUUUCAGGUAUCAAUACCUGGAGAGACCAACUGAAACCGACACAACUCUUGCAAAAUAUAGCCAGGUUUAAAGGCAAUCGUCCUCCAGUCCUCUUUGAAAAUGGAAAGCGGAUUAGUUAUGGAGGAAGAGACUACACUUUGGAUGAAUUUGAGGCCAACAAAAAAUUGCAUGAACACCUUGGGUCUGGCGAAGAACGACUUGCCCUUCACAUUCUCAGGACUCAGGGCUUGGUGCCUGAGCAUGUUGAGACAAGGACGCUGUACAGUACCUUCCAACCAAACAUCUCACAAGGAAAGCUUCAGAUGUGGGUGGACGUUUUCCCCAAAAGCCUGGGGCCCCCUGGCCCUCCUUUCAACAUCACUCCUCGCAAGGCCAAGAAGUACGAACUGCGGGUGGUGGUCUGGAACACAAAGGAUGUCAUUUUGGAUGAAAAAAGUAUCACAGGAGAGGAAAUGAGUGAUAUCUACGUCAAAGGAUGGAUGCCUGGCUAUGAAGAAAAUAAGCAGAAAACAGAUGUGCAUUAUAGGUCCCUAGAUGGGGAAGGGAACUUCAACUGGAGAUUUCUUUUUCCUUUUGAGUAUUUUCCAGCCGAACAGCUCUGCACAGUUUCAAAAAAGGAGCACUUCUGGAGUCUUGACAAUACUGAAUUCAGAAUUCCACCCAAGCUGCUUAUUCAGAUAUGGGACAACGAUAAGUUUUCCUUGGAUGACUAUCUGGGUUUUGUUGAACUUGACUUACACAAUGCCAUUAUGCCAGCAAAGGUGCCGGAAAAGUGCACUUUAGACAUGAUUCCAGAGUACAAGCCAACAAACGCUCUCAAGACUCCUAAGACUGCUUCACUCUUUGAACAGAAAUCUAUGAGGGGAUGGUGGCCGUGCUACGUCGAAAAAGAUGGCUCCCGUGUUUUGGCUGGUAAAGUUGAGAUGACUCUGGAAGUCCUUGCUGAAAAGGACGUUGAAGAAAGGCCGGCUGGUAAAGGAAGAGAUGAACCAAAUAUGAACCCUAAGUUGGAUAUGCCAAACCGGCCAGAAACAUCUUUCCUUUGGUUCAUAAAUCCAUGCAAGACAAUGAAAUUUAUUGUGUGGCGCAGAUUUAAGUGGCUCUUCAUUGGAAUCCUCAUCCUUCUGAUUGUGCUCUUAUUUUUAGCCAUUCUUCUGUAUUCAUUGCCGAACUACCUGUCAAUGAAGAUUGUGAAUCCAUUUUCAGCUCAUUAAGGAAGAUGCUUUUCUUUUAAAGCAGACAGUGCAAUGAGGCUGGGCAGCUCCCACCUCCGGACCAAAUACGUAAUGACCAAAGCAAGCAGGUCACCUGCCAUGCCUGUAACUCUCUUCUUCACUUGUGUUUGAAACACAAUGUGGGGGGGCUCUUUUCGAAGAAUCUCACUGUCAUCUAAGAUGUAUUGGGUAAAGAUAACUGUAAGAUACUGGGUUGGAUCCAGAUUCCAGCACAUGAAACUGGGCUGUUGGAAGUGGACCUUCUGGCACCCUCCUUCCUGCGGCAGCCCUUCCAGUCCCUGCUGCACAGAAGAUCUGGGGGCCCUUUUGAAUGGGAUGAGCUGUGGUGUCAGGUAGAGGGAGGAUCCCCUACACUCAGGGGUGCAGGCACCUUCCAUGAACUCUUCCAACUCCAUUAGUCAGUCUACAGAAGGCAGAUCCUGGAUCCAACCUACUGUGUUCUAUUUCUGUACUUUGACUUUGAUGGCAUCAGCAUGAAAAAUUAUCCAUGCUCUUCAAUUUUAAAUGUUCUUUUUCUCAAACGUUA